GCUGGGAGUGCGGCGAUUGACAGGGGUGCAUUUGCUGCGGAAGCGGCGAUACCUGUGGGCAGGCGCAGACGUUGAAAUGCCAAAAAUUGACUUCAAGAAGCCGGCUGGUGAUGAAGAGGCGGCAUACCUGUGCAGGGUGCCUGAUGGGACUCGACCACUUUUCCAAAUUUAACACGCAACAAGCCGCUUGCCAGUGGUGUCAAAAGCAAUUGCCACUGCUGAUGUCUGAAGCAUCUGAUGAUUACGGAAUGCUGUUCCACUAAGGUAAGCAGGUCAUGACGUAGCUGAGACCAGCCAGGCAGGCAGGCAGGCAGGCAGCCCCCACCCACCGCCGAGCUUGCCUCCCAGCUGCGUCCGCUGCUGUCCCGUCUGGCUGCCCCGGUGUCUGCUCCUCACUCUUCCCCGUUCCCUCCCCGAACCCGAAGCCCUCCCUACCAGCCUGCCUCCCUUGCUUCCAACGCCCCGUCUCCCGCAAGAACCCCAUCCUUGCCCACCCACCCCCGUCCGGUGAACGCACCAGCGCGCCCCCCCACCCACCGGUGAAAACAACAUGACGGGCAUCGCCGCCGCUUCCUUCUUCUCCAAUUCCUGCAGGUUCGGAGGCUGCGGGCUGCAGUUCGAGUCUCUCGCCGAGCUCAUCGUCCACAUCGAGGACAAUCACAUCGACACGGAUCCUCGGGUCCUGGAGAAGCAGGAACAACAGCAGCCCACCUACUUGGCCCUCAGCUACAUCAACAGGUUCAUGACGGACGCCGCGCGGCGGGAGCAGGAGACCAUGAAGAAGAAGGUCACCCCCAAAUUGUCGCUGUCCAUCACGGGCGCCGUGUCGAGGAACAGCACAGCCACGCCCCCUCGCCACACCAGCGGCAACUUGACGCCGCCGGUCACGCCCCCCAUCACUCCUUCCUCUUCCUUCCGCAGCAGCACGCCGACAGGUAGCGAGUACGACGAAGAAGAGGUGGACUACGAGGACUCGGACAGCGAUGAGUCGUGGACCACCGAAAGCGCCAUCAGCUCCGAGUCCAUCCUCAGUUCCAUGUGCAUGAACGGCGGAGAGGAGAAGCCCUUUGCGUGUCCUGUGCCGGGCUGCAAGAAGAGAUAUAAGAAUGUGAACGGCAUCAAGUACCACGCCAAGAAUGGACACCGCGCGCAGAUCCGCGUGAGGAAGCCGUUCAAGUGCCGCUGCGGGAAGAGCUACAAGACUUCGCAGGGCCUGAGGCACCACACCAUAAACUUCCACCCGCCUGUCUCCACCGAGAUUCUGCGCAAGAUUCAAGGCUAGACCUGCAAGGGCUGCUAUCCCAAAAUGCUACCCUUCAAAGUUCCUCGCUAAAGUGCAUGCUUUAAGUUCUUUUGACAUUAUUAUUAUUAUUAUUUGCCUUUUCUUUCCAUCUUACAUCACUCGUAUUUCAAAAGUAUAUCUUUGUGUUAUUUUUAUUGUACAUUUGCACAUUUGGCAUAUGCUAUCAUUUGAUUUCUAUUUCGGUUUGACUUGCAUAAGGUGCUAAAAGAAGUUGACAGGAAGUGAAGAGACAGGAAGCGCAACCGAGCUCCGCCCCCCCGCACGAUGGCGAAGUUACCCUCCGGUCUCCGAUCCAAACCAGGAAGUGAGUUUGCGUCUUUUACUCUGUUUACUGACUUUGGAUCGGCAGCCUUACGGGAACUUCUGGGGUUCUGCCCAAGUUAUAUUUGAAAUAGAUAUAUGCUAUAUAAACAGUAGAUGCAGAUGUAGUUGUAUAUACAAAAACUAUACGCUUAUUCACAAGCCUAUACACAGAUAGUUACA